GUUAUUUGAAAAAUCAUGGGAAGGUCUCAAGAUAAGCUUGAAAAGAUGCAGCUCCGGCAGAGUUACCGGAACGUAUGGCAGUCGGAUCUCAUGAGCACCGUCACGGCCGAUACUCCAUAUUGUUGCUUCUCGUGUUUGUGUGGACCUUGUGUUUCAUACUUACUUCGAAAGAGAGCCCUUUACAAUGACAUGUCAAGGUACACUUGUUGUGGUGGAUACAUGCCUUGUAGUGGUAGGUGUGGAGAAAGCAAGUGCCCUCAAUUUUGUCUUGCCACUGAGGUUUUCUUAUGUUUUGGAAACUCCGUCGCAUCUACUCGCUUUAUGCUGCAAGAUGAAUUCAACAUCCACACAACACAAUGCGACAAUUGCAUUAUUGGAUUUAUGUUCUGUCUCAACCAAAUCGCUUGCAUUUUCUCUCUUGUCGCUUGCAUUGUUGGAAGUGAUGAACUCUCUGAAGCUUCUCAGCUUCUUUCUUGCUUGGCUGAUAUGGUUUAUUGCACGGUCUGCGCGUGUAUGCAGACACAACACAAGAUAGAGAUGGACAAAAGAGAUGGUGUGCUUGGUUCUCAACCAAUGUCAGUGCCACCUGCUCAGCAAAUGUCUCGCGUUGAUCAACUGACCCCUCCAUAUGCCGGUUACCCUCCAGCCACUGGUUACCCCCAGCCUUACUAUCCACAGCCUGGCCAUGGCUACCCUCCUGCGCCAGGCUAUCCACCUCCAGGUCAUGGUUACCCUCCUGCACCGGGUUAUCCACCUCCUGGUCAUGGUUACCCUCCUGCACCGGGAUAUCCACCUCCUGGUCAUGGUUACCCUCCCGCACCGGACUAUCCCUCAAAGUGAGAACCUUAACCAAAAUCGAAAUAUAUAUAUUCAAAUUCAAGUUGUAUUAUCAUCUCAAACCGGUGGGCAGAGCUUUUAAACUUUGAGUUGUCCCUUUAUGUGUUGUGAUUACUUCGCAAUUACUUAUGCUGUUUGGUUUAGGGCCAGGAAGUUUUAUAUACCGUCCGCUAUGUUGUCUCAUCGGUUUUUUUUCUUAAUUUUAUCUAACGAAGAACCAUUAACUCUAUAAGAAAACCAUACACUUCGUUCACUUCUGGUGUAUCUAUCUAUGUUUAAAUUAAUAGGUCCAUUAAUGAGAUUCUCUUUUAACAAGAUUAGUUGGUCAGUGUUAGUUUAUCAAUAAACGCUCUUUUAUAGUGAGAUGGUUUCGGUUAGAACACAUCAGAAGUAACUAACUUUAACCAACUAAUCUAUUUUUCAUAUUUUGUGAGGUGGUUUACGUUACGAUCAUAAAGAUAUGGAAAAUUUAAGGAAUAAAACUAGAUUCUGAAGGGCGGGUAUACUUUUGUUUUAAUUUUUUUGAGAAAUUUAAUUUUUGUAUUUAUGUUUUUUUAUAAAACCGUUAGAAAAAAUAUUUAUGUUGUUUUGUACUCAUAAUUUUAUUUAAUUUAAUUUUUGAUAACUAUAUUAAAUAUGUCAAAUUCCAUAAUUAUACACUUAUGUCAUAUACAUUUUAGAAAUUAUUUUUUAAUUUUAUUUCAAAAAAUUACAAAAUAUUAUAUUUUCUUAAUAGUUACCUAACAUAAUUAGUUAAGAAUAUUCGUAUAAAAAAAGAACCGAUUUGAAAUCUAACCCGGAAAUUAAAGUCUCAUAAGCUAAUAGCAUAUAUACUCAAACAGUUUUUAAAAUAUUAUAUCCGAAAACCAAUAUCAAACCCAACCUACACCGAAAACAGAAAAAUGUUUGAAAAAUUAAUUUUUUAUAUAUUCUGUUACAAAAAAAUAUAUGUAUAUAUAUGUAUAUCUUGAUGCAAAAGUCAAUGAACCAUUGUGGUCUAGUGGUAAAAGACACGGCUAUUAUCAAUGAUUAUAUGGGUUCGCAGCAUGAUCUGAUUUUUUAGAUUUUUAUUUCUUUUUUCUCGCUAAUGGCAAAUAUGUAAAUACUUUAUCUUCUCCAUUUAUCAAGGCUUCUAUCUUUCUGCAAUUUUUUUCCACCGCCGCAAACAUAAUCGAUCUAAUUUUUUGAUGUUUCCUUUUCAUUUAUGCAUCAAAAUUGAAGAUUUGUUAAUUAUCAUCCAGUUUUAAACAUCUUAACACACAAAAACUUGAAUGAUUUUGAUAAACUUGAUUUCACUGCCUAGCACUCAAUGUUUUUGAACGAUAUAUGUAAAUAGGUUAAUCAAUAAUCCAACCAUUGCAGUUGAAGAGAAGCACAAUUUCUUGUUUCUUGCCAAUAUGAAACUUAGACUCAUAGUUUACAAAUAAUUGCAUGAAUAAUUUCUGAGAACAUGACUGUUUUUUUUUGCUGAAUUUCUACAACUCUGUUAAAUCAUGAAAAAUUGAUUGUUAGACUUUUGCAGGAAGAAGCAUAACUGGUUUCGUUAUAGAACUUUAUAUAAAGAGAACGUGGUUAGUUUUUAAGUUAAAGUAAAUACGGUUAUAGAAUAUUUUUAAGUUAAUGUAAAUACAGUUAUCAAUAGAUGUAAUAUUGAUAUUAAAAAUAAUUGUUGGACUAAACUAAUAUCAACUGGACAUGUUCCAGCUUUAAUAGUAUUCAUGCAUGUCCAAUUCGAUUCUGAUUACAUUUGUUUUAUAUUCAAAUUACCUAAAAUAUCCAAAAGUAACCAAAUUAUCCUAAUUGCCAUGAUAAAGUUAUCUGAAUACCGAAAAUUAUCCAGAAACCCCAGAAAGAAUCAGAAAAAUAAAUAUAAUGUUAAAUUCUACACAAAUAUGUUCUAACUUAGGUGGGGGUAUUGGAUAUAGAAGUUUGAUGGAAUCUGAAGGAAUUAUAGUUUCCAUUAAAUUCUAGUGUUAUUCAAUUAAGAAUUUCAUCAAUUAUUUCAAAAUAUUGUGUUAUUGGAUUAAAAAUUUGUAAUCAACAUUUUUAUUCUUUUAAAUUCUAGUGUUAUUCAAUAUUUGGUAGAUUUUGUAACAAUGUUAUUUGGAAAGAAUUCAAUGGAAAAAGUAAUGUAAAAAUGUGAAGAACCAAUUCCUUACUCUUACAAAGAGAAUUGUUAUCCUCCCAGACAUUGUCCAGCACGACAGAUACUUCUUUCCAAACAGAUUCGAGUUAAAAGCUUUCAAUAACCUAAAAAGCUCCUUCUCUUCAACCAUCUCUUAUCUCUUUUCCCUUCUUCAUCGUUUUUUUCUCUUCUCUUCGUCUGCUUCUGUUCUGAUGUGGUCAAGCUCUACUUCAACUCCAAGUGAUCCCAAGAUCCUUUUCAGCACAGCUACCUUUGGAUCUUCUUCACCUUCUUUACUUUCUUCGCUGUACAUAGACACCCAUACCCUCGGGAGAUAAGCUUCUUUCACGUCUUUGUCGUUGAAAACAUCCUGAGUUCCUGACAUAACGUCGUUUUCCCGACUCCAAACUUCCCCACGAUCGCUAGCGUCUUGAACUCUUCAGAUCCCUUACGCUUCAGCAAGAAGUUCUUCGAGAACAAGGACUCGUUUACAAAAACACAAACAGGUUGUUCCGGAAUGCCAGGUCUCGUGUCCACUCGGCUCGUCUUAGAUCCCCUCCGGAGUUGCUGAUGAAAGAAUUUGUAAUCAAUCUUCUAAACUAAUCUAUCGACUUUGCAAGUAAACAAAUGGAAAAUCUUAGCAUUUGUUCGUAGUCUGAAACUAAUAUAUCAACUUUUCUCUGGCUUGUCUACAUCAUUUUCAUUGUUUUAAAUUGGAUCGCAACAAACUUCCAAAUUCAAAUUUAUAUAUGGUGUUUUUUAUUUAUUAUGUUGUUUGAUUUACUCAACAAUAUCAUACUAUCCCCGCAUCUCCAUUAUUCAUUGUUGUUUUUUCAAAAAAAAAAAACAAUAUCAUACUAUCCCAUGAAAAUAGAGAGAAAGCUGGUCUACAAGACACAAGAUUCAUAUCUAUCAAAUUCAUGUGCAUUCUUUUAAAAUCCUUAAUAAAAAGUAAACAUGAGAAUUACGUAAAUGCAUUAAAAUAUCAGCAAAUCUUUUAAAUUAUAGCAAAAAUUAUUAUUUAUGAAUUCUCUCAAAUUCUAUUAAACUCUUGGAUUGAAUACCACCCCAGUAUCACUGAUUUUUUAUUUGUAAAAUAUAAAUAUAUUAUAUGUAUCAUGCAGUUAUACUAUUUACUAUACAUGUUACCAUUCAUACUUUAUUUUGAACCGUUUAUUUUAGACAAAUCGCAGUUGAUCUGCAGUAUACGUUUUAUAUAAACCGUAGUUAAACCGUACCACAAUACUCAAUCAGCUUAUCUCGUCCCGCUCAAUCCGCUGUUACCAUUCGAAGACAGAAUAUCACAGUCAAUAUAGAAGUAACCCUAUACCAAAAUCCUCAAUUACUGUGUAACUAGGUAAUAAUUCACACCCUUAGUAGAGUGAGAUAUUUAUAAAAGUAUUAUAUAUAUUUCUAAAAUAUGAAAAUUAAAAUAUUAAUGUAUUUUUAUAUUGUAUAUAGUUUAUAACGAUAUUUAUAUAUUCACAUGGUUUUAUGAUCAUUCAUAUUUUGUUAGGGUAUUUUGGUGGUUAUCAUCAAAUUUUCUCUCAAAAUAAAGUAAACUAAAAAUGAGUUUUACUUUUGCUUCAAUGGUUCUCUUCAUUUUUUCCCGUCAAAAUAGAAUACUAAGUAUAUUCUCUUAUUAAUACUCAUUAUUAAUUUUAAUAAUGCUAUGUAUUUUAAGAACUUACACAUUUGACCUAAUUAUAAUUUUUAUUUCAACUACAUCUUAUUUAUACAUAAAUUUAGUUUCUAAAAAAAGAAAAUGAUUUAUAUGAACUUAUGAUUGUAUUAAUAAAACUAUUAUUAAUUUUAAAUAAAUAAUAAAAUAUAUAAUCUUAUAGAUAUAAAAUAAAACUGUAUAAAAUUAGAGGCCAAUUUGUAAAUAAAAAGUUCAAUAGUAAAAUAAGGUUGUGAAUAGUGUUCCCGCAAAUUUGAAGGAUACUAUUCACACCGUUGGAAAAGGUUUUUCUUCAUUUUUGAUGUUUCCUUCAAAAUGAUGCACCAUGGGAGAUGGUCUAACAAAAAUAAACCAUUGAUCACUAAAUUUUCAUUGUAAGACUUUAAAAAAAAAUUAAAUUCAUAGUUGUUUUUUAAAAUUAAAAAUAUAAUAUAUGUAAAAAUAUAGAUUUUUCUUGUAUGAUAUGAUUGUUUAAUUUGUUUCAAUAAUAUAAAAUUAAACAUAAAUGAUGGAGAAUACACAAAUUGUUAUCAAAUAUUUUAUUAUUCAAAAUCAUUAAUUGUUAUAUAUAUUUUAAUCAUAUGUAAAUUUGUAAUUUUUAUUAAAAAAAAAGAAAGAAGAAUAUGUUUUGUAGAUUACUAAUUAAUUGUAUGGUUAGUCUUAUGAGAAGUAUAUUAUACGUCUAGAUAGACCAAUAUAUUUCUCUAAUGAUUCUAAGAAGAUAAAUUAAAAUGUAUAUACAACUUCUGGACCAAAAUUUGCAAACUAACCGAUUAAUAUUACACGCGCUGUACAUUUUCCUCUAAUACCAAAAUAACCCUAUCACACUACACACCUACGUAAUCCUAGGUUGGAUUUUAUGUCAGAGCUUAGACACGCUAACACCCUAACUAUAUCUAUUCUAAUUAAUUUCACCAUUUUAAAAAACAGAUAGAAGGAGUGUAGAAAUCGAGAAGACACCAUUUAUAUAUCUAAUCAGAAAACUGAACAGAUACAUCUCUCUGAAACUCAAAUUCCACAAUACUUUUAAUCCGUAAGUAAGAUCCCAUAAUAUUGGCUAACUAUUAUUCUACGAUUUUAACAAAGUUCCUAACACUAAUUUCACUAUGCAGAUAGAAGGGUUUGAACUCUCCAAGCGCAUGUUUGCAGCAGGUGAAGAACUGUCGGGAGAGCGAGUAAACUCAAAAGGAUUGAAUCUGUAUUUGAUUUUAUGCUUUUUGUGAUUGUUUCUCAUUUUUUUUCUUCUAAUAAUUUCUUUUCUCCAAACUUUAAUUCUAAAGCUACUGUUUUUUUUUUGCUUUUUUGGAGAUUGAGAAGAUACAGUAGCAUCAGGCCCAACAAAUGUGUGAAUGAUGAGAGUGAAGAAGAAGACAUAGAUCUGGUUUCUUUUGUUGGAGGUUAGCAUCCAAUAUCGUUCAUCGACCUUAGUUUAUUUUCUUACCACCUAACAUAAAGCUUACUCAUCUAUAUAUUACGGAGUACUAGGAUCGGCCCGCCCUACGGGCGGGAUAUUAUUUACUUAUGAUCUAGAUUAUUGUUUUUUUGUAUAAUUUUGUGGUUUGUGUUGUAGGAUUUCAUUUGCAAUAAAUGUGUAUGAUCACCGCUACAACUCUGUUUACCCACUACUUCUAUUCCGCUCACUUCUAAUCUGAUAUCACCACCGUUGCAUCACACACCACCAAUUUUAUCAAAUUUAUUGCCAACAGGAGAUCCAUUCUCUCCUUUUGAUUUUUUUUGUUAUUCACUUUUUACAUUUAUUAUGAAAUGAAAUAUAUGAAGAUUUUUAAUAUUUUUUAUAAUUUAAUUAAAAUAAUUGUUUUUUUGUAUAAAUAUUUUACAUAUAUUGAUAUAACUAUAUUCAUAAUUUAUUUUUAAAAUAAAUGAUAUUAUAUUUUGGAUUAAGAUAAUAAUAUUUAAAUUUUUAAUAUUCAUUUUCAUUUAUUCAUAUGUAUGUAAAUUAUAAAGAUAAGAAAUAAAAUUUUAUAUUUAUUUCAAACUAAUUUUUAUUAUAUUUAAAUUAUUUAAAUUAAAUUUAACUAAUUUUAUAAACAUAUAGGUUAUGGUAUUUAUUUUUGUUUCUGUUAUUGUUUCUUGAAUAAUAUAAAACUUCGAAAAUAUUGAAAAUAUUUAUAUAUCAGUAGAAUCAAAUUUAUUAAUUUUAUUAUCUGUUAGUAAAGUUGUGGUUGAAUAUUUAGUUAUGAUUUAAAAUUACAGUUAAUUUCAUUUUUAAAAUAUAUAAAAUAUUAAAGUUUCAUGUAAGACUGGUUUCAUUAGGUUACAAACUUACACGUGUGUUUUCAUUAUCCUAUGAAAAUUUGAGUCUCGUAAUGUUUUUUUUUUUAAAUUAGCUUAUUUUGAGCCUUCUAUCAAUGUACACUUAAUGGAUUCGAAUGAAAGAGUGUGGUUCACAAAGAAAAAAAUAAUAAAGAACUUUUCUAAUCCAUUGAAACAAAUAAUUAAUUGGUGAAAAGCAAAACUCAUCAACCUAAUUUUAAUUUGGAAAUUCUUUACUCCACCGUUAAAAAAUAAAUAUCUCUCUCCCUCCAAUGGAUUCGUCGAAUUUCCAUUUUUCCUAGUACCGUCUCUCCGCCUCCUCCUCAACUCCAUUUACUUCUUCCGCCGUGAAACCUCAACAGAAAAUUAUUUCUCCUUGUAUGUUCAUCCUCAUCAUCAUCGAUAUAUCCUUCAUUCUACUCCUAGUUAUAACAUGUAAGCCACCGUGUCCAGAUCCUCACACAACUGUCACAAUACACCACACCAACCUCAUCUGGAGACUCUUUCCCCUCCUCCAAUCGCUCGGAUCCGCCUCGCAUGUAAUACCACUGCUUCUCAUCACAGACAGGUCGGGUCCCUCCAAUCCUAAACCGGUCCAGAUGAUCUACUCGGCGAUCUCCGUUUACUUAGUCUCAAAUCCGGCCAGUGAAAAAUCAAAUCUGUUAUGUACUGGUCACCAAAUUGACGGACAUCACCGUGAUGAGCGGAGAGGUCAAAGAUGCUCGUGUGUGGAUUGGCGCAGCUCUGGCUUACCAUUACGAUUGCUUAUCAGGUCUUCUGACAACAACACGAAGCAAGUCGUUGACACCAUCUCGUUAAACUCACCGUAUUUUUCGGAGAGCUUAAGAUUGAGAAGCUUAAAUCGAUGAAUUCAAAGGUAUAGAACAUACUUUUUUAUAGUGGGAGAUUCAGAAGAAAGAAUUAAUGGGAAAUGCAUUCAAGGAGAAAUCGUGGUAGGAGUGGAGAGGUUUGGUUAAUGCGUGAGAUAAGACGUCGCUUGGGUUCAUUGAGCUUCUAUAACGCCUGAAUAUUAAUAACACGCCUGUGAGAUGAAUAGGUAAAGAAAUCUGGUGGCGAUAAGAGUCGAUGGAGGCUACGGAGAAUCCAAGGUUGGAUACUUUACAUACAAAUGAAGUAGAGAACAAUCGAGACGCGAUCCGCCGAAUUCAAACUCAGAGCAACGAAGGACAUAAUUAGGGUUAGCUAUAUGUUGACUUAUGCGCAGGGCCGAACGUACGAAACCCAUUUCGUCGAACAGGCCAAAACAAAAUAAAAGCCCGGUGAUUUUGUAAAUGACGCGCUGCGUUUUGUAAUGUGAGAAUUGAUGACGGUUUGUCAGUGUCCGAAUUGAUGACGUGGAUGGCGACGUGGACCCUCUAGGAGAGAUUCAAACUGUACUUUAUAUAUAAAGAUUUGUUAAGCUAUAUGAUUAAAUUUCUAAUGAAAUUACUUUAAAAUUAACAAAGAUACCAAUAUUACUAGCAGCCGAAAGCAACAUGUUAGGGUCCAUGAAACAAAUUUGUAAUAUUUUGUAGGAUCCAACAUGCCAUAUGACUAAAAGAAUGCUUAGAAUGUAAGAAUGGUAGUAUCAUUUCUAUGUAUUCUCUAACUUCUUACAUUUCUUUUAACUGUAUUGUUAGAUGUGUAUAUAACAUUUUAUGGAUGCUAACAUUAUUUAUUCCUCCUAACAUAUUUUACUAAGGGCAUCUUCAUCCCCACUCCAUAAUUUACUCCAAAAAUAGAGUGGAAAAUGGAGUAUGAACAAAAAAUAAAAAUCUCUCUAUUUAUGGAGUAAUCACUUUUUUUGUUUCUUCACUACUCCAUUUUCCACUCCAUUUUGCAGUAAAUUAUGGAGUGGGGAUGGAGAUGCUCUAAGGGUGUGACUGGUCACCAAGGGAAUGAGAAGGAACACUAUGUUCUUUAAUAUUCCUUCAACUUUUUACCAUUCAUAAGGAAUAUGUUUUCCUUUUCAUUCAUCUUUAUUCUUUUGUUUGUAGAGAAUUAUAGAACAAAUCAAUUCCUCAUUAAUUUUGAUAAAGAACCAUCAUUCUUCAUCGUUCCUAAAAUUUUAUUCCUACUCAUUCAUUUUCUAUCUGUUCCUAUUGUUCCUAUGAUGGUUACCAGUCACACCCCAAGUGUAUACAUUUUAGAUGUAAUUUAUGUCAAUAAUAGAUAACUUGAAAAAAAACAGAUGUUGGUUGGGAUGAUGAAUUUGACGAUGAACUUGCUUGGAUUGCAAUCUCUCUUUGUAGCGACAACGUCAUAAAGAAUAAUUUUACCCCUAUUGCCAAUCUCAAUCCAUAAUUUUGUAACACUGUGUUAGGUCGGGAAGUUGUUAAUGCGUCCAAACCUUAGUUGAUACCUGGUUUGUUAGUAGAUACAUGGUUUGUUAGCUGGUACAUUAUUUGAGAUACGACUUGUUAGCUGAUACAUGUUUGUUACCUGAUACUUGUUUUUAUAAGUCAUUUUAUUUCUCGACAGCAACGAAUGAAAAUUCACAAUUACGUAUGUUGUUGAUUCUUGUAAAAUUUCACUUAUAAUAAUAUCUUGCAAUAAAACACGUAGUGAAAUCAACAACAUACCUUGAUAUAUAUGUACUAAAAAAUACUUUCAUUAGUGGAUACAUGUUAAGUUAGUUGUCACAAAUCAUGUGGCCACGAACUGAUAAAUAGUUGUUAAUAUGUUAUAAUAUAAUUUUUUGUUAGUUGAUACAUGGUUUGUUAGUUGCUACAAACCGAGUACUCCGACAUUUAAUCCAAAGUUAUAUUUCUUUAUGACAACUAACAUUGGAAUUACACUCUAACUAUAUAAAUAAAUGCUAACAUUAUACUUAGCCGUUAUGUGAUAUAGAUUCUAAUUAGAAGUAAAUACAUAUCAGAGGUAUAACAUUCUAAACAUGAUCUCUUUAUUUUUCUUGAUAAUCUUUACAAUCAAUUAAUACACUAAAAAUGAAUUUUUGCUACUGUCAAGUUAACAGUGGUAAUUGUAAUAUUUGAGAUUCAAUCCAGAGGACCAGUUUACUCUUUACUCUUAUGAGUUCAAUGUUAAGCUGAGAAACAAGUGGGUUUUGAGAAUUAAUUGUGACAAAAAUAACAAGAAUGCCUAGGUAAUUCGAAUUCAAUUUAAAUGAAGCUGGCUUAGGGUCAAUGAUCGGAUGUUAAUUGCAGAACUGAACAACUAUUCAAGUGCGAUGAAAUGCGGUCUAGAACUCAGAUCACUCGGCUGGAACAACUCACUAUCGUGAUCUUGUUCCCUAUGCGUGUCGGUCUUGAAUCCUAAGCUCUCGCUUGGAACAUGAUAAAAACCUCCCAAGGAAUACACUCUGAAAUUGGUAAGGGAUAAGCCUUGCACCGAAUGAUCCCGAAAGCAACAAACGAUCAAGGGAUGUGGAUCGAAAGGUGACACAAGAGGGGCGGAAAGUCUCUUGAUACUACCCUAUAAUGACCGCCUCUAGAUAUGACACACUAGAUUAGACCAAGUUAGACUGAAGGAUAUUACACACCAACAAUCAUAAAAGUUUUGACCAAUAGAUAUGACACACCAUGAUCGAAAACAAGUUUGAGAAUCACUCUCAAGGUUCCAAAAAUAUAAACUCAACUCUUCUUUUAUUUCAAUGGAGAUUACAACUUAUUUAUAAGAGACUAAACUUGCUCACAAAGCUAGAUAGUUAUUACAUUGGAAAUGAUAAAACUAGUGCAUGGAGGAGAGAGAGUGUUCUUGAAACAAGCAUUCUUUGCAUGUAGGAGAGAGAAGCUUUCCAUGCAAUUAACCACCUAAUUUUCGUCACUUUCUUUGGACAGCAAAGAAACCACUUGAUUUUGAAUCUUCUUGGGUUUGUAACAUGAUAAGAAUGGGCUGGACAUGCUACCUAACAUCAUGGAUCAAUUUCUGAAUGUCUUUCAUGUCCGUAGAUUCAUAUAUCAGCCCAUGAUCACAUCAUACUCCUCCUCUUCAAAAAGAUUUGUCCUCAAAUCUUGCUCUCCGAAGAAAGAAAAACUUGAAUACACACUUCCCAAAAGAUCCAGCAGAUUUGUAGAACAUAAAUAACAAAUUUUUUUUUUCUUUCUUUUUUUAGAAGAUGGAUAGAUGAGAAUGGUGAAUAACAGAAGUGAAUACCGCUUUCAGAGUGGCUCUGAUACCAAAUGAUAAAAACCUCCCAAGGAAUACACUCUGAAAUUGGUAAGGGAUAAGCCUUGCACCGAAUGAUCCCGAAAGCAACAAACGAUCAAGGGAUGUGGAUCGAAAGGUGACACAAGAGGGGCGGAAAGUCUCUUGAUACUACCCUAUAAUGACCGCCUCUAGAUAUGACACACUAGAUUAGACCAAGUUAGACUGAAGGAUAUUACACACCAACAAUCAUAAAAG